CUCUCUCUCUCUCUCUCCCCCCCGCCCCCAACUCGCUGCUUCUCCACUUUGAUUUCCCCUCCCGGUCCCCUGCCUCCCGCUGGUCUGGCGUACCAUGCUUCAGCCCGUCCUUCGCCGCUCGCUGAUCGCAGGCUUCGGCGCGCCGGCGCACCUGCGCUCGGCCGGCAGCUCCACGCUCCUGCGUGCUAGCAUCAUCCAAGGAACCCAUGCCUACCGGGCCCCGAGCCUGGCUGCUGCCUAUGCUACGGUACCUCCUGGCCGGAGGAAGCCGCUGUCCGCCGCCCAGUACACCACCCUGGCCCUGGACCCGGCGCCGGCAGGCAGCAAUGUGCCCUUUCUGAAUCAGCUGCACUCAAUGCGCCAGCGCCGUCAGGAUCUCUUCCAGCGCGCCCUCCGCCGGCAGCAUGCCAACCUGCAGAGCAUGCACCUCGGGUCGGAGGAGGUGUUCGUGACUCUCCGCCUGCUCGGGGCCAAGGAGCCCCUGCUGACGGUCCGGGCCAGUGCCCUCAGCUCUCCGGCCGGGCUUCUGCAUGACUUGGUGGCCUUUCCCGAUCGGCUGGAGUCGCAGGUUCUCCUGUCGCCGCAGGUUUCGCCGGGAGGGCACCUGCGUCCGCUGUCGCGUCUGUGGGAUCGCGUUCAGGCCCGGGCCGCGGUGGCCAUCCUCACUCCGGCCGGCGCCAAUCCCGAACCCCCGGGUGGCCUGGUGGCCGCCGGGGCGGCGCAUCGCCACACGGCGCACCUGGCCGAACGGUCCUUCAUCAUGGACGUCGGCCAGCCCUUCAGCGAGCCACUUCCCAAUGGGGGCUUCACCUCGCCCAGGGGCGGCCGCGAGUUCACCCUGGAGUUCGCCUUCAUGACCUCCUCCUUCCAGUCCUUGGACAAUGGCUUCCCGGAUGAGUCUGACGGGCUGGAUGCCGUGCGCCCGGCCUGGACUCCCGGACCCGAGGACAGCAACCAGUUUGCCCGGUCGGCCCUGCGCGAUGCCUAUUGGCACUCAUCGGCCCAUGUGCUGGGUGCGGCGCUUGAGGCGCACUUCGGGCCGCGUCUGUUCCUGGCCGAUGGGCCGCCCGUGUCGCGUGGCGGCUUCUUCUAUGAGUUCGGUGUGCUUCCCUCGCCGGAGAGCGCGGUCCCCUGCCCCACCAUGCUCUCGGCCAAUUCGAUCUACUCGCCGGAUGGCAAGGUGUACCGGCAGCCGGCGCCGGCCGAUGCUCACCAGCAGCUGUCGUCCGGGAGCGACGGGGCUGCGCCCCGGCGCCUGUCCGGCUCGUCGAUCAUCUCCCCCACCACCGUGACCGCCACGCUGGUGAAUCCUUCGCAGGAUUGCCACCCCCAUGGCCACGAGCAUGGCCACGAGCAUGACGCCUCGUGCGGGUCCCUGGUCCCUGGCCACCAGAUGGCCCCAUGCGCCGCGCGGGUGGAUCCCUCGCAGCUGUCCAUCGGCACGGGGAAUGUCCUGAUGGAGGCCGAUCGCACGGCGGUCGAAAAGCUGGCCUCGGAGAUCUCCCGCGGGCGCUAUGCCUUUGAGCGCGCCCUUGUCACGCGCGAGGAGGCCUUGGAUGCAUUCUCGGAGAACCCCUUCAAGGCGCACUUCCUGGAGAAGCUCCCGAGUGAUGCCAUUAUCACCCUCUACCGGAUUGGCAACUUCAUCGAUCUCUGCCGGGGCCCGCAUAUCCAGCACACGGGCCAUAUUCAAUCCCUGUCUUUGAGCCAGACGACGCGGGCAUACUGGCUGUCGGACUCGUCGCAGCCGCAGCUGGCUCGGUCGUACGCCAUCGCCUUCCCUCCGGGGAAGCUGGUCGGUGCGCGUCUGCCCGCCCCGGCCAAGGGCCAGAGUUCGGCGGUCUCCGGUGCGGCCGCCCGGUGGGAGGCCUCGCUGCGGGUCCAGCAGCAGCGCGACCACCGGCAAGUGGGCAAGCGCCAGCGUCUGUUCAUGAUGCACGACUUCGCCCCCGGCAGUGUCUUCAUGCUGCCGCAUGGGACUCGCAUUUACAAUCGCCUGGUCGAGUUCCUCCGGUCCCAGUACCGCGUCUUCGGGUAUGAGGAGGUGGUCACGCCGCAGCUCUACACCCCGGAGCUCUGGAAGACCAGCGGCCACUGGGAUAACUACCGUGAGGACAUGUUCGCCGUGGCCGGCGUCAAUGAGGUGGAGCCCCUGGCCGCAGGCGGGCAUGACCCCGGUGCGCAUGACCAUGCUGGCGGGUGCUCGCACACCCAUGCCGGCGGCAUCAAGGAGCUCAUGGGCCUCAAGCCGAUGAAUUGCCCGGGCCACUGCCUGAUCUUCGCCAGCGACACCCGGUCUCACCGCGAUCUGCCCAUCCGCAUGGCCGACUUCAGCCCCCUGCACCGGAAUGAGUUGUCUGGUGCCCUCAACGGCCUGAUGCGUGUGCGCAAGUUCUCCCAGGACGACGCGCAUAUUUUCUGCACGCUGGACCAGGUUGAGUCGGAAAUUUCCAACUGCCUCGAUUUCAUCGAUCGCGUGUACAAGCUCUUCGGGUUCAAGUACAUCGUGGCACUGUCCACGCGUCCGGAUAACUACAUCGGCUCCCUGUCUGACUGGGACAAUGCCGAGAGCGCUCUGCAGCGCGCCCUCCAGAAUGCCGACAUCCCCUUCACACUCAACCCCGGCGAUGGGGCCUUCUACGGCCCAAAGAUUGACAUCCAGGUGGCCGACACCCAUGGCCGCUUCUUCCAGACGGCCACCAUCCAGCUGGACUUCCAGCUGCCUCGCCGCUUCAAUUUGAAGUACACGGCCGCCAGCGGGGCCGACGCCGGGGCCGACGCCGGGACCCGCUCGCACCUGAAGACCCCGGUGAUGGUGCACCGGGCCAUUCUCGGCAGUGUGGAGCGCAUGUUCGGCAUCCUCUGCGAGCAUUGGGGCGGCCGCUGGCCGCUUUGGCUGUCGCCGCGCCAUGCGCUCGUGUGUGCCGUGCACCCAGACCACGCGGCCUAUGCCGGCGAGGUGGCUGACCUCCUGUCCGACAUGGGCUUCUUCGUGGAUAGCUCCUCGGUGGAGAAGAAGUCGGCGGCGGCCGCCGGCCAGGCCUCUGGCGAGGGCCAGGCCGCCGCCGCCGCCGCCGCCCCGCCGGAGCCCUCGGCCGCGCAGGUCCCCCGUCGGAGCAUCGGUGUUCCUCGGUCAUCCAGCCUGCGGCAGUCCAUUUCCGAUGCCUACCGGCUGGGGUACUCGUAUGCCCUGAUCGUGGGCAAUUCCGAGCGGGCCAACCGGGCGGUGACCAUCCGCGGGACCGUCCCGCCAGAUGGUGGUGCCCCGCCCCAGACCACCCUGCCGCUGGUGGACUUCGCCCGGUGGCUGCGGUACUCCACCAAUGCCGAGCUGGCGGUCAUGCACCACUUCGGCCGGCCAUCGGUCACUGGCCAGGUGAACCUCUCUUCGGCCGACCUGACCGAUGCCACGGAUCGGUCCGGCUGGAUGGUCGACCCGGCGGGCAUCCUCCCCCGGAAGUCGGACAUCUUCCGCUGGGCGGCCGCCGGGUGCCCUGUUCUCCCGGGCGAGGGUCCCGGCGCAUCGGACAUCAAUCUCUAG